UUCGUGAAGAGCGUACGCGUUCAUUGUAUUCGAGAGGUAAAUUGUUGGCGUAACAUGCUUAAUGCGAUUUUGCGCUAGUACACUUAAUUGAAAACGGUGUUGCAGCUUGCUGACUUGUCGCAGAAAGAUGUGUGUUUGAAAAGUGGAAAGCAAUUAAAACAAGCAUAAAUUUAAAUUUUUCUGCAAUAAAAACUGAAAUAACCACAAAGAGAAAAUUAAAUAACAGAAAGACGAAAAUUCGUACAACAUUUUAUCUUCGGGGUGCGAAUUAGCUCUGCUCCCGCUUGUUACUUGUGACUUUUCAUUUCAUUCAAAUACUUUUACGAGUAAUUAAAAUGGUAUUUCAAAAACAAUACUUCAUCAUCGGCCUGUGUUUGCUUUUGCACUCGGCAGUUACCGUCACAUCCUCCAAAGCCGAUGUUAAGGAAGCUGUAAAGGAGCCGCAAGAUGCAAAGAAAGCUGAAUUCCCCGAAGAGGAUGCUGAUAUGCUCAUGGAACCAAAUGACUUCACCCCAGUUACAGUUUUGCGCUCACAGGAACAACAAUUCCACGUACCACCCACCUACCAGUUUCGCCCAUUACCACCCAAUCCUCAUGUCGUGGCACGUUCCGAUGUACAUCCCAACAUACCGCAGCCAACGCCUGUUGACUCACACACGCAAGCUGCACAAAACUACUACCCACCUUUCUUCCGUGAGGCGCCACCACUGGGCCAUUCACGCCCCUACUUCCCCAUACCCGAUAGCCCAGUGAUACCGAAAUUUGCUGCGCCACAUCCCGAACAAGUGCCACUAGGACCAACACAACGCAGCUUUGAUCCCACCAUUUUGGGUUCCGGCGACUUUGGCGUGCUGCGCGGCGGCACCUUCUACCCCGAAGAGGAAAUGCCUUAUCACACCGAUGAUAAUAGCGAUUUCAAUCAAUACUACGGCGAUGCGAAUGGACACGGGCGCCCCUCGAACGAGGAAUUCGUGCAGAAGUAUACAUACCCCGAAGAACAAUUUGCCGAUUUCCGUGACUUUGCCGAUAUAAAUACGCCGGCCGAUUCGGCGUUUUCACAAUUUGUUGUUGUUUAUGCGGCGAAAAAUUCAACCAAACCAAGUACACAUCCACGACCGAAGAACAUCUUUGAGCAAUUGGAGCUGCUUGAUCGCGAGAAGGAGCAAGAGGAGAAGGAGGAAAAGAAGCGACGAGCGAGCAAAUCCAAAUCGAAGCUCUCCAAAACGAAGUUGCAAAAGAAGUAUAAGAAGAAGACGAGUCCCAAAGAUCUGGACUAUGAGCCGCUCUUGGCCUUAAGUUAAGCUGUUAGUGGUAGGGGUGGUUAAGCAAAUUGUAGUAUAUGACAUUAUUUAUAAAUUAAGUGAAAGAUGGCAAUACAGCUAAACAAAAACUACGAAAGUAAGAAAUAAAUUUGGCGGAGUACAUGCCGUAGAGCAUGAAACCGUUAAGGCGAGCGUGGCAGUUAUCAUAAUCAUUAUUUUCUCUCCUUUCAAAGCAUUCACUGUACAAAAUAGUUUCACAAUUGUUGUUCGGUUCGAAAUGGCGUGCGCAUUUAAAGUUGGAUGCUGGUUGUAAAAAAAAUUAAGUUUUAAAACCACUUAGUGUCGGCUAAGGCCUUAGUUUAGGACUAAUCAUUUGAUGAAACUUGCUCACUGCCGAAAAUGUAUUUAUCACACAUUCACUUUGCAUCGUAUUUUACAUUACUUGAAACCUUUUCAGUAUAGCUGAGCUCAAAUAUAGUUACAUAAUAUGUAUUUCAUACGUUUAUUGCUCACAAUUUUCAAGGAGCUUUCAUUUUAGAAGCAUAUCAAAGCAACGCUAUGCACGAAAGCUCCGUUUACAACAAUGCCAAGAAAUUAGUUUAUUUUCCAAUAACGGAUUAUUUUCAUAAGCAAUGAUUUCUUCUUCUUCACUGGAAACUUUAACCUAUCAACUUAUUUAUCAAAAUUUUGUUCCACACAACUUUUACAAAAGUCAAACAACCUCUACAAAAUUAAAAAAAAUAAAUUCGAAAUAUUUCUUUUUAGAAUUUCAUGCAUUUUUGUCAUACAUACGUUUACAUUAAUUACACAAAAAAAAAUUUUUUUUUGAAUAUUGUGUUGAAAUUUAUAAAUUAUGAAAAAUUAAUUUAGUUUUUACGUUUUCAUUUCACUCUCAUCCAUUCGUUCCAUAACUAAAAUAGGUUUAAACAGGUAAUUUAAAAACACAUUACAUUGCACUUUGCUCAAGAUUGCUUGCACAGUUGUUAGCAUUUAUAUGAAUUAUUUUAUUUACUUUCAUUAUUAAUUAUUUUAUUUACUCUCAUUUUUAUUUUUAGUAAAAAACAAAUCUACAAAUUAUAUUUUAUUCAAAAAUUAUUUAACUUUUUUCUUUUGUACUUUUGGUAUAAACGAUAUCUGAAAAUCUUCAUU